AUGUGGAACGGCGUAGAACAGACGGAGCGUGACUCCUUACAUUUGUACGAGCUUUGUUGCGAGGUCGGGGUCUCCACGGAGGACAUCAAGCACCGGAACUGGCUCAACGACUACACCAACUCCCUUUUCUCGCUGGAAGGUAUCGCCAACUAUGGCUCCGACGUUGACUUCAUGUUUCACGCUAUUUGCGUCGGUAGCAGCGCGGAGGGCGUCGCCCUAGAACGCCUGGGCUCCGAUUGCAACAUUAUGAUGACGCUGUCGGGAACGCGUAUAGCGCCGCAGCGGCAGUCGGAGAGUCCGGCGUCCGACGUGCACUUGUUCAAGGUCAUACAGACGUACCAUCCGUCAUACGUGAGGCUGCAGUGCGUAUUUAUGGGGACCGGACCCAGCCGGUCAAUUAUGCCAACACCGAGUUGCUGCAUUGCCGACGAACAAGGACGAAUGAUUUUGGCAGGCAAACUGUUGAUGGAUUCCUACAGUCGAAACGGUACCGGUAUCGUGAGUCCGCCAGCGAUCGCAGGCAUAAUCCGCGGUACUGUUCAGCCGAUUCUCUGCAUACAUUCGCCGGUGUGGCCUAUUGCUGCACGUGAGUGGGCUUUCCGGGUCCGAAGAUACGUGUGGCCCACGGUCGAACUAAAGAAGUUCAUUCUCCAACACGGAUGUCACGUGGUCCCCAUCGGCAACUCGCAAAGUCCCAACAAGCACAUCGAAUGGCGAUGGUCCUUUUCUCUUGCAGAAAAGCUUCUUAUUCGUACAUUCAAUACAACGCAGCUUCAGUGUUACUUUCUGCUGAAGAUGAUUGUAGGGUACGUAAUCAACCCAGCCGUGAUUGAAACAAUCACUUCGUAUCACGUGAAAACGAUCAUGCUUCACAUGGUCGAGAGCACUCAUCCCACGGAAUGGACGAAGGAGAAGCUAUCAUCAUGCUUUGUCGGAUGUCUCCAGAAGCUGUUACAAUCCCUCGAAGACGGCAGUCUUCCUCACUACUUUAUCCCCAGUCACAACCUGUUCCACCCGCGGCUUCAGGGCGAUUCGAGGAUCCGUCUUGUAUCCAUAGUGACGGGUCUUCUCGAGACAGGCUGGCAGUGCGUCCUGCAAUGUCUGCCACCGAACAUGAACAUGCUGCUUUCCAGACACAAGAUCCAGGUACGCUGCGACUGCUUUGACACACACUGGGGCGUCGAGGGCUGCGAGCGAGACGUCUCGAUGGUCGAACGAGUAUAUACGAUGUUCAACGCAACCAUCCGCGUCGUUCUGCGACUUACGGAACGUCAAGACCUACAAGCAACUAUCGACGCUAUCACGAUGUUUCUGGAGUAUCCCACGAUGCGGGAUCCGGUGCAUUUCCCGGACGUUCCGACGACUGGUAUCAUUAAGCUUAUGAUAAAAUGUCACCUUGGUCUUAGCUAUCUCGGUUUGUCAGGCACCUACCCGUACAACCGGAAAGGCGGCUCGCAGACUCUAAUUCCUACUGGCCAGAAAUAUCUGGAGGACGCCGUUGGCGUGGACGCAGCCGCUACAAAACUGAAACUGGCCACGUUUCAUUACAUGACAGAGAACUACGAUGAAUCAAUCAAGAUCAUCAUGCAACUUCUUCGACAGUUCAAUGAAUAUAUUGUCAACACAACCGGCGACAAAACCCGAAGGAUAAAAUCGUGCAAGCGACCGCAGACACUUCGGAAGCAUCGUUCAGUGACCUCGCUGCUAGGUAACGCUCCGUCAAUAAUGGAAUGGGCCGCACUUGAGCUUAUUUUCGGUCCGUGGGAGGUCCCGUUCGCUCCCGAGGCCAUACAAAUGCUGAAAGAUCGGGAAGCAAUAACGGAUGACGACACGGACCACAAGGGUUUCGUGUUUGUGGACGCUAUAGUAUACGCUUACUUUCUGUUGGCGCUUUCCUAUAACAGCAUCCAUCGCCCCGUCCACCGCCAACAGGCCAUUGAGAAUCUGCAGCUGCUCGUGCGGAACCUCGACGACAGCGACAUACACUACCCGGAAGUGGCACGUUUUCUACUGCCGUACGUGAAGGAGAGGAAGCACAAGAACUGCCUGCUGUGUCACGUGCGGCGGUUCUGAAACCGGAGACACGUUUAAUGGUGCGCUAUGCGGUUGUAUGGAGCAUAGCGUUUAGAGUACCGUAUGUGUUUGUGAUGAACCAUAAAUUGCCACAGCAUUCUAUAAAUGGUAUUAACGAACUACUCGGUUUUGCAACGGGUCGAGUUUCAAUUCUGUUAAGUUAUGCUACAUUCCCUCUGUCGUGCGACACGAGCGCUACGAUAGGCGUUACGUAACUCAAUGUGGCAUUUCGCUGAG